UGUGACAUUCUGUUACAUGUUAAAGGAAAAAUGUACGUGACAAGGCUUUUGUCUCUGUAUAAGAAGUCCCCUGAGGCUCUUGCUCAGCCUCCUCCAGAAGGUCCGAACUCCGGCUAUUUGGUUUUGCAAGAUGAAGAAUCUACAACAACUACAUGUUUUGGAUUGUGCAACAACACAUUGACAACAAAUCUCCCUUUUCCACAGAACAAGUCCCUCACUAUUCAGCACCAAAAAGAUGACAGUACCACUAACUAUCCUUUGUUCUUGAUACCUGUUAUUAAUCAACCCUUAUCGUCCCAUCAAUAUUAUGCCAUCAAGAAUGAAGGCAAGCAUAAAGGGGAGGCUUAUACAAGUUCAAAAGAGGAAGAUAGGCAGACAAGCUGUUUCUGCAUCAGCAAUGUCAGAGAUCACAAAACAAGAGAGUUGAAUCCUUCUGACAAAAAUCAACAGUUUGAGUUUUCACACACCACAAAAUGGGGAAAUUCUGUAUUUGGCGUCAAAUCUGUCGCAGCUGAUGGUUAUCCUCCAACGUUCAUGAGAAAUGGAGGGUGGAGACUAUGGAACUCGGUACCAAAAUAUUUCACUCUUGGAGUAGCAGAUGGCCUAAAUUAUGCUCUACGUUGUCGUCUUCCUGACUUAAAUUUCUUACCAUCAGAAAAAUGUUCCAAAGUUCUGUUGGUGGGUGAAUGGUAUUCUCCUUUCAUGUUUAUCAAAGAAAGGACACCAAAAGAUCAGGUGAAAAAGUCAAUGUUCUAUGAGGUAACACUCGAGCAACAAUGGGAGAGGAUCUUUUAUCACGAAAACAAUGGUAGUGAAGGAAACCUGGUGGCUUUUGAUGUUAUAAUUCCAACUGAAAGAGUCAAGGUUAACGGAAGGGAUGCCAUAGAAAUUAGUAGUGACAAGGUAGGUGCGCGGAUGCUAUGGUUUCAAGCAAUGGACUACAAUGGCGAGGAUAGUAGAAUCGGGUUAAGCUCACUGGUUGUUGAAAGAAUGAUGUGGGAGCAAGAAAGAGGUGGAUGGUGUAAUAAUAACGAGAAGCUAGUGCAUUUAGCUCGAGUGGAGGAAUAUAGAGGACCUAGUUCUUGGAAGAUGUUUUCCUGUUAUUUGCUAGUUGAGAGAUUUGUGUUCAAAAGGGUGGAUGGAAGCAUUGCUUUGAGCUAUGAUUUUAAUCACGUUCAUCAAGUGAAGAUUAAAUGGAUGAGCUAACUCAUAUUUGUGCAUGUAAAUAUGUCAGUUUGUGUUCACAAUACAAAUUCUCUUCUUUCCUUUCCUCUAUGUCUUAUUGUUUGUUGCGGUAAAUAUGUCAGGUUAGGAAUUCAGUGUUUUCCCUUCAAAAAAAUAGUCAGAAGGUAAAGAUUUAGAUCUACAAUGAGUUGUCGUACAUGUGUUUCUGAAAUGUGAAGCACGCAUCGCGUACAUUUAGAUCAAAUUAAUUAUGUAAAGAGAAGUUGGGUUUAGGAAGUCACUUAAAUAUUAAAGUGAAGUACGUUAUCAUCAUAUAAAACAAAUGUAGUACUCCGUAAUAGUACGCCAUGACUAC